AUGGAGCUCGGCUUUUCUUCAUUUUCUGUCGGCAGCUUCUUCCUGCGCUUAAAUACCCAUUUCUUUUGCUUGCUUUCGUAACUAGUUGGCAAAAUACACUUUCUGCGCAGGCAGCCUCUCUCUCUCUCUCUCUUAAUACUCAUCACCAUUUGUAUGGCUCAACAAAAAAGAAAUAAAAAAAAGAUCACAGUGAAUUUCAUAACUUCAAAAUCUCUAUAUAUAGCUCCCAAUAGUUCUUCCGAUUAACAAACUCCACAGGCAUCUCAAACAGGGCUUCUCUCCUCUCUCAUUCCUUAACUUCCUCCAUCGCCUUCAACUCUUCAUAGUUUUCUUCUCAAAGCGUUGUAUCAUUCUCACAUCUCUUUCUCACACUUUUGGAUAUAAAUAUCGUAUAUAUUCUCUCCAAACUCAAACCAUGAACCCUACUAAGCUCCUGUCGAGAAAGGUCACGUGCGGUUUGGAUGGCCAAGACUCCAGCUACUUCCUGGGCUGGCAAGAGUACCAGAGAAACCCUUAUCACCCUAUCACCAACCCCUCCGGGAUCAUUCAGAUGGGACUGGCCGAGAAUCAGCUCUCCUUCGAUCUUCUGGAGACGUGGCUGGCUUCCCACCCUCACGCAACUGACUUCAAGAUUAGCAACGGCAGUUCGUCACUCUUCCGGGAACUGGCUCUUUUCCAGGACUACCAUGGUUUACCAGCUUUCAAACUUGCACUAGCUGAGUUUAUGAGCGAAUUGAGGGGGAACAAAGUGAGCUUCAAUCCAAACAAACUGGUCCUCACCGCCGGCGCCACCUCCGCAAACGAAACCCUGGUCUUCUGCCUCGCCAACCCCGGCGACGCAUUCCUCCUCCCCACUCCAUACUAUCCAGGCUUCGACCGUGACCUCAAAUGGCGAACUGGAGCCCAAAUAAUCCCAAUCCGCUGCUCCAGCACCAAUUCCUUCCGCCUCUCCAAAACAGCUCUCGACAACGCCUACCGCCGAGCCACCAAACUCAAACUUCAAGUCAAGGGAAUAGUCAUCACCAACCCAUCCAACCCUCUCGGCACAACCAUGACUUCCAUUGAGCUCCACACCCUUGUCGACUUUAUUGAAGCUAACAACCUUCAUCUCAUCUGCGACGAAAUUUACUGCGGCACUAAUUUCAUCGCUCCUGCAGACUUCAUCAGCAUCAAACAAGUGCUCGUCAAACGCCCCCAUCUCUCCAACCAAGUUCAUAUCGUUUACAGCUUAUCCAAAGAUCUCGGCCUCCCGGGAUUUCGCGUCGGCGCCAUUUACUCCGACAACGAUCUGGUCCUCCAAGCUGCCACCAAGAUGUCGAGCUUUGGCCUCGUUUCUUCGCAGACUCAGCACCUUCUUGCCACGAUGCUCGGAGAUAAAGAGUUUACAAGAAACUACAUUGUGGAGAAUAAGAAGAGGCUUAGGGAGAGACAUAACAUGCUAGUCAAUGGUCUUCGAAUGAAUGGUAUAGAGUGUUUGGAGAGUAAUGCAGGGUUGUUCUGUUGGGUUGAUAUGCGUCAUUUGCUUACAAAAAAUAGUUUUGAUGGUGAAAUGGAGCUUUGGAAGAAGAUAGUUUACGAUGUUGGGCUAAACAUAUCGCCCGGUUCAUCUUGUCAUUGUGCCGAACCUGGUUGGUUUAGGGUUUGUUUUGCAAACAUGACGGAGGCUACGCUCGACAUCGCCAUACAGCGGCUUAGGAAGUUUGUGGAAAGCAGUUUUGUGAUUAGGCGGCAAAGUAGGCUCGGAUCGGCGGCGGCGAUUGCUUGCAGGUGGGUUCGUCGUUUGUCAGCGGCGUCAGAGAGGAGUUUGGAGCAGCUCUCUCGCUAG